UUUUGUGACUGUUUUCUGGACUUCAAAAUUCUUUACUUUAUUCUCAUAGGCACUGAAAUUUUUCGUUUUGAAUUUACGUGACUAAAGAACUAGUUUUUGGGUUUCCAAUGCUGUGGUUUUGCUUAUCAAAGAUUGUAAACUUUCAUGAAUUUUCAUAGCACAGGAAAAGAAAACGAAAGAAAAUUAAAAAUCAUAUGUUUGUUGCUUUGGAUUGCUUUCACAGUGAUCAAGGUUCAACAUCAUCCUAAAAGCUAGUUGAUUUGCUGUUUUCUGAUUUGGAUGUGUAGCAUGUGUCACUGUUGUGGUGCCCAACUGCCAAAAUCAGAGAAUGAAAAGAGGAAACUAGAGAAUGAAAAUUCUUUGAAAUCAAAUGGUGAAGGUCAUGGUUUGCCUUGUAGAUUUUGUCAGGAGAAGCAGGAACAAGGAUAUAUAAAGCAGAACAGUUGGAAUCCUACAUCACCAAUUAUCAGUCCAACGACUUCAUUGUCCAGCAAUGAUAGAUCUGUUUCAAGCUGCAGUGAACUUUCAGUUGAUGUAAAUUACUAUGACCGGGGGAGUCAAGAGGAAGGCGCAGUAGACAAAGCUCUUGAAGAUGUCAGUUGUAGGCCGAAUGGCCAUCUACAUAAAGCAAGCGAAGCUCCUGUAAAUGCAGUGCACAAAUUGUAUAAAGUGACAGAAAACAACUUGAAGGAAAGCCAUCAAGGCAAUGAUAUUGUGAGAGACAUUGAAAUUAUGGCAGCUAUUAAUGGACAAGAAACAAAAGAUAAUUUCUCACAACAUCCUGUUGAAUUCAUAAAUGAAGGUAAUGAUAUUUCUCAUUCCAUUGAUGAUGAUAUGAACGCUCAAGUUUGGGAGCCUCCUGAAGCAGAUUCGGAGGAUGAGUGGGAGGGUAGCGUGGCUUUUAAUGAUGAUGAUGACGAUGAAUGUGGGGAUGGCACAAUGUGGGGAAAACCGAGUUCUUUUAGUUGCUGCAGAGACGAAGGUAGUGGGAGCUACAGGUUCAAAGAAGAAAAACAAAAGGCAAUUGAGGAAGUUGCAAAUGGGAAAUUUAAGACCAUUGUGAGUCAACUUCUUACAACUGCAGGUGUGGCUUCUAUGGGAAAAGAUUGUGAAAGUUGGGUAGAUAUAGUUAGUUCUUUAUCAUGGGAAGCUGCUUCGUAUUUGAAGCCUGAUGCAAUUGAUGGGAAAAGAAUGGAUCCAGAUGGUUAUGUAAAAGUGAAAUGCAUUGCCACAGGUUCUCGUAAGGACAGUCAAGUAGUCAAGGGCUUAGUCUUCAAAAAGCAUGCUGCACACAAACACAUGCCAACUAAUUACAAGAACCCUAGGUUGUUGCUGAUCCGGGGUGUUCUUGGCCAGUCUUCUAGCGGAUUAUCAUCAUUUAAAUCAAUGGAACUUGAAAAGGAUAAUCUGAAGUCACUUAUGGACAGGAUAGAAAUGUGUCAUCCAAAUGUGGUUUUGGUAGAAAAAUCUGUUGCUCGUGAUGUCCAAGAAUCUAUCCUUGCAAAAGGGAUGACGCUGGUCUAUGAUAUGAAGCUCCAUCGCCUAGAAAGGGUUGCUCGCUGUACAGGUUCACAAAUUUUAUCAUCAGAUGCUUUGGUGGGUCAAAAGUUAAAGCAAUGUGACUACUUUCAUAUUGAAAAAUUUAUGGAGGAACAUGCUGGGUUAGGUGAUGGGGGAAAAAAGCCAAGUAAGACAUUGAUGUUCAUUGAGGGCUGUCCAACACGUCUGGGUUGCACGAUAUUGUUAAAAGGAAGUCAUAGUGAUGAAUUGAAGAGGGUGAAGUGCGUGGUGCAGAUUGCAGUUAUCAUGGCCUAUAAUCUGAUUCUUGAGACUUUAUUUCUUUUUGAUUGGGAAGCAAUGUUAGCAAAUGUUCUAUUACCUGGAGUAGUUAACACUUUACCAAUAGAUUAUCCCUCUUCUGUUUUAGGAACUGCUGAUUCUAUUGUUCCUUCUGUUGAGGAGUCUGGUCCUGAAACUGGCCCACCUACUGUUCUUAUUCCCAUUUCUAAUGAAUUUAGUGAAGAAGGUUCCCACAAUUUAGACAUGGGAUCAGAUGGUAAUUCCUUGUCUUAUGUGCCAUAUGAUCCUGUCAUUUUCUCUGGGUUUUCAUCUCUCUCAGCCUCUCUAAAGAAAGUUAUAGGGGAUAAUUUUUCUCUUGCUUCUUCUGCUCAAUAUCAGUCCUUGGCUGAUUACUUUGGCUUUAAUGGGAAGGAAGGCAAUCGCCAAAUCGCAGAAGCAGUUCCAGUUUUGGAAACCAAGGAAGCCUCUGAUCAUUGUGAUGUCGACUCCAAAGAUAGUUUUGAUGAAGAAAAACCACUAGAUGAUGGGAAACAUCAUUCUUUGAGGUCUGAUUUUGUACCUGUUGGCAGUGAAAAAGAUGUUGUCAAUGAAGAUCAAGUUCAGAGUAAAAAUGAUGUCAAUGCAGUGUUGGAUUCUCAGAGCAUUUUGGUUUUGGUGUCCAGCCGGAAUGCCUUAAGAGGGACUAUAUGUGAGCAAAGCCAUUUUUCUCAUAUCAUGUUCUACAGGAAUUUUGAUAUUCCUCUUGGAACAUUUCUUCGAGAUAAUUUGCUCAAUCAGAGACGCCAGUGCACCACGUGCAGUGAAUUGCCAGAAGCUCACUUUUACUAUUAUGCACAUCAUAAUAAGCAGCUUACAAUACAAGUUAAACGGCUUCCAAAGAUUUUGCCUGGAGAAGCAGAAGGAAAACUUUGGAUGUGGAGUUGCUGUGGUAAAUGUAAAUAUGAGAAUAGAGUCCGAAAAUGUACAAAAAGAGUUGUGAUUUCCAGUGCUGCGCGUAGAUUGUCUUUUGGAAAAUUCUUGGAGCUGAGCUUUUCCUGCCACUCUUCAUUUGGUAGAUUGUCCAGCUGUGGCCAUUAUCUGGAGAGGGAUUUUCUCUACUUCUUUGGAUUAGGCCCUAUGGUGGCAAUGUUCAAAUACUCUCCAGUUAUGACUUACACUGUUUCUCUACCGCCCCAGAUGCUGGAGUUUAACCAUUCAAUUAGAUAUGAUGGGCUCAAGCGAGAAUUUGAAGAUGUGUAUUCAAAAGGGAGAUCACUCUUCAGUGGGAUUGCAGACAUUUUAAAGAAGUUAAGAUUGAAAUAUGAAGGAUCUACUCUGAACCUUGGAGGGUCGUUAAAAGAAUUCUCUGACAUUGAAGAAAUGUUGAAGCAUGAAAGUUCUGAGUUUGAGGUAACCAUCAUUGAUGCUGUUACUAAGAAUGGAAAUGCAGACAAGGCAGAUUUCAAGUUUCUUAGCUUAAACCGAUUAUUGUGGGAGCUGCUUCUUGAAUCAAGCAUUUGGGAGAGGCGGCUGCAUUCACUGCUCUUACCUGAUCCUUCUUUGGUUGCCACUGGUGCUAUUGAGAAGCCAGUGCAUGACCAAUUAAAAUCAAAGAUGAGCGGCACCACCGAUGGACGGACUCGAGGGAAUGAAAUUGUUUCUGGAAACAACAGCAGCAAUUUGAAGUUUAGUAAUUCUCUUGAAGCAAACGAAUUAUCAGUAAAAGAAAUUCCAGUUAAUGGUCCUGUGCAAGAGUCUAGAGUACAAGAUCAUCUGGAUCACUCAUCUCCUUUGGGUGAAAAUAUUGAGAGGUCAAACAUGAAUAGUAAUUCUGAAGCAGACAAUUUUUUGCUUGGGGAUUUGGAUGUUGAAAGGACCAUUCCAAUUGGCCCAUUUAUUGGGAACAGUGAUUCUGUUAUUGAUUCAGAGGCUUCUAGAAAGGGUACAUCUCUGCGUUCAGUAGUGUCUAGUUUAGAAUACUCAACUGGAUGGUUCUGGAUGCCAUUGUCAGAAAUCCGUCAGAUAUACCUGGAGGAUCUUGAAAGAGGUUUCAUGUCCAAAUUUCAGUCAAUCAAUAACUAUAUGCAAGAACACAUACCUGCAGCCUACCAACUUAUAAGUGAGGAAGGACAAAGGAUACACAUUCCGCUUGGAACUGAUAAUUGUAUUGUGAGGGAUUAUGAUGGUGAACUCUCUAGUAUAAUUGCCUGUGCUCUGGCAGUUCUGAAAGAUAUACCGGUUUUCGAUGAUGAUGGUCCGAAAAAGGGUGGCAUGUCUGCUAAAUCAACUGAAGGUUUACAUUUGUUGACUCGAGUUCCCACUAGAAUUUCCUCACAUUGGUCUUCAAAUGGUUCUUCUGAUUCAGAUUCGUUGCACUCUACGUUGAGCAUAUCUCCUGAAGAUUCACACUUCUCCAGCUUUGAUGGUAUAAGUUUGUUGGAAUCUCUGGCUUCUCCUGAGAAUGAGAGCUCUGAAGUCUCUUUUGGGGUUGCAAAAUCACUUGGAAAGGGCAAAUACUCUGUAAUUUCCUUAUAUGAGAACCAGUUCCGUGAUCUUCGGAGUCGGUGCUGUCCAUCCGAGGUGCAUUAUAUUGCAUCUUUAAGUCGUUGCAGGAACUGGGAUGCUAAAGGUGGAAAGAGCAAAUGUGUUUUUGCUAAAACACUGGAUGACAGGUUCAUUAUAAAGGAAAUCAAGAAGACUGAGUUUGAGUCAUUUGUUAAGUUUGCUCCUCAUUAUUUUAAGUACAUGAAUGAGUCAUUUGAGUUGGGGAACCAAACUUGUCUUGCGAAAGUUCUUGGAAUCUAUCAGGUUGUCAUUAGACAAACAAAAAGUGGGAAAGAAGUGAGGCAUGACCUGAUGGUCAUGGAGAAUCUUUCCUUUGGUCGAAACAUUACUCGACAGUAUGAUCUUAAAGGUGCUCUGCAUGCUCGAUACAAUUCAGCUGCUGAUGGUUCGGGAGAUGUUCUAUUAGAUCAAAAUUUCGUAAACGACAUGAAUUCCUCUCCAUUGUACGUGAAUAAUAAAGCAAAGCGUCUGCUGGAACGUGCUGUUUGGAAUGAUACAACAUUCCUUAAUUCGAUCAAUGUAAUGGAUUAUUCUCUACUUGUUGGGGUAGAUACCCAACGACGAGAACUUGUAUGUGGGAUUAUUGAUUAUCUCAGGCAGUAUACCUGGGACAAGCAACUGGAAACAUGGGUCAAGUCUUCCCUUGUUGUUCCUAAGAAUGUGCUGCCAACUGUAAUCUCUCCAAAGGAGUACAAGAAGAGGUUCAGAAAGUUCAUGGCUGCACACUUCUUGAGUGUCCCAGAUAAUUGGUGCUCUCAGAGAUCCUCUGACCCCUGUGAACUUUGUGGCAUUAGAAAUGAUGCUUCUUCUCAAUCAAAGUCCCCAAAGCAAGGAGGGUAAAGGGGUUGUUACACUAGUGUAUUUGUAUGGCUCAUGAUUUUUUUAUCCCUUUUAUAUGUCAUAUAUUAGCGUUUCAAUCACUUAGCCAGUUCAAAAUACUGUAAAUAGAGCUGUGUCAGUGUUAUAUAGUAAACCCCAUUAUGUAGCGGUUUUAAGCAAAUUUUUGGGGAUAGUUUUGUACGUAUAGGUCUGCCUUUGACCAGCCAAGAAAAUGCUUGUGAAUUUUGUAAAGUCCAUUGAAAAAAGUGUAGAGAGCCACGGUCUGGCUAUUUCAAAUCAAUGAAAAGAUGCAGCUAUUGUUUA